AAUCACCUCAUUUUGCCACAAUUAUUAUUAAUAAAGUCAUCACCAAUACCGACUACUAUAUCACUACUAUAAAAAGAAGUUUUUGUUUCAAUUUUAAAGUGACACAAAAACAAUUUGUAUCGGUUGAAAUAUAAUUGUAGACACAAUUUGUAUACAACCACAAUAAUUUGUUGUCAUGGUGCAACCUCGUUUCCUUAUUCUCGCAUUCCCACUACAAGGCACCAUCAACCCAUGUUUAAACCUUGCUAAUCAACUCAUUCGUGUCGCCAAUGCACAAGUAACCUUUGUCACCAGUGUCAACGCGCACCGUCUUAUUAUGACUACACACACUGUCGCCACUACUUCAAACAAUCUCUUGUCCUUUUCCCCAUUUUUUGAUGGGUAUGACGAAGGAGUCACUGAUGGAAAGGGCUUCCAUGAUCACUUUGUAGAAUUCAAACGUCGCGGUUGGCAGGCAGUGGGAGAUAUCCUUGAAUUAGGGUUUAAAGAAGGGCGUCCGUACACUUGUUUAGUCUAUUCUAUUCUUCUCACUUGGGCUGCUGAUGUUGCUGCGACUCAUAAUGUUCCAGCAUCGAUGUUUUGGAUGCAACCCGCGACGGUGUUUGAUGUUUACUAUUAUUACUUUCAUGGACACAAAGAAAUCAUAUGUGCCAAUACUAAAAAUCAUUCAUUUUCAUUAUCAUUUCCGGGGAUUCCAUUAACCAUGAACCUUACGGAUCUUCCUUCACUCAUGGUUGAUUCUAAUUAUUCUUAUAUUCUUACAAUGUUACAUGAAAUGUACAAAGAUUUUGAAAAGGAAAGUAACAACACGAAAAUAAUAUUAGUGAAUACAUUCGAUGAAUUGGAGCCAGAUGCAUUAAGAGCUAUAAACAAAUUUAAUUUGAUUGGAAUUGGGCCACUGAUUACAUCUAAGACAUCCUUUUCAUUUCGAAACUACAUUGAGUGGUUGAACACCAAGCCUAAAAAGACAGUUGUUUAUGUGUCAUUUGGGAGUAUUUUGAUUUUGAAAAAGCAACAAAUGGAUGAAAUAGCUAAAGGGCUAUUGGAAUUUGGGCAUCCAUUCUUGUGGGUCAUCAAGGAGAAAAAUUCAUCAAGCAAAGAAGGAGUUCAUGAAGAUAAUAUAAAAAACGAGUUGAGUUACAAAGAAGAGUUGGAGAAACUUGGAAUGAUAGUACCAUGGUGUUCUCAAAUGGAAGUCUUGAGAAAUGAGUCGUUAGGGUGUUUUGUGACUCAUUGUGGUUGGAACUCGACGUUAGAAAGCAUAGUUUCAGGGGUUCCAGUGGUGGCAUUUCCACAAUGGACGGAUCAACAGACGAAUGCUAAGUUGAUAGAAGAAAUGUGGAAAAUAGGUGUUAGAGUAAAGCCCGAUGAAGAUGGAAUAGUUAAAAGUGAAGAGAUCAAGAGAUGUUUGGAGUUAGUAAUGAGAGAAAAUGAAAACAGGACAAAAAUUGUAAAAAAUGUUAAAAAAUGGCAAAAUUUAACUAAAGAAGCUAUGAGAAAAGGUGGCUCAUCGGAAAAGAAUUUAAUCACUUUUGUGAAAUCAAUUCAUCAAUAAAUACUUUAGUGUAACAAA